ACAGUAUAGUAGAGCACUCGAACACAUUUGAAUAGAAAAUUAGAUAACGAGUAUCUUUAAUUUUCAAUUUUUUGCAUUUUUUUUAAUUAAAUUAAACGGUUGAAUGACAAAAAUCGGACGAGUCUCGGCCGCUCGUCAACCGCUACAUAAAAUCGGAGCGGUUUUAAAACUGUUCCAAGUCGAUUUUGUGAUUGGGUGACGAUUUCACCGCUCGACUCGGCUUUAAUAACACUGUUUUUUUUAAACGAGAACUAGAUCAAACUCGAGUUAGUUCUACUCAUAUUUACAACCCACUCCAAGAUAGGAAUUGAAUUUAUGAAAGUGUAAACACCAAGCAACAAAGGGACUGAGAGUUCUACAAACCACUACCAAAUCCGUCAAAAAUUUUUGGACCGAGAACAUCCCGUCCAACUCCGGCCCAAAGAUAAAUGCUCUCACCGGCCCAACUUUUAGAGGCUUCUGUCAAGCACGCAAACCACCGACCCCGUUCGUUGUCCGCUUGCAACGGCCCGCACCGCUAAACCGAUGUCUUCUCAACCCAAACAAAACCUCACUGCACAACGGAACUAGGUUUUCUUUUUCUCUCCCCGCUUCCGCUCCGAGUCUCUCCACUAAACUGAUCCCCAAACCAAAGUCACCAUGCCGCAAGGUGAUUACAUCGAGCUUCACAGGAAGAGGCAUGGCUACCGCCUCGACCACUUCGAGCGGAAGCGCAAGAAGGAGGCGCGUGAGGUUCACAAGCACUCCGAACGGGCGCAGAAGUCGCUCGGUAUCAAGGGCAAGAUGAUUGCCAAGAAGAACUACAAGGAGAAGGUUCAAAUGAAAAGAACAUUGAAAAUGCAUGAAGAGUCAUCAUCUAGGCGUAAGGUCGAUGAUGAAGUUCAGGAAGGAGCUGUUCCUGCCUAUCUGUUGGAUCGUGAGACUACAACUCGUGCAAAAAUUCUUAGCAACACCAUAAAGCAGAAAAGGAAAGAGAAGGCAGGAAAAUGGGAAGUUCCUCUGCCAAAGGUGAGGCCUGUUGCAGAAGAUGAGAUGUUCAAAGUGCUUAGAUCUGGGAAAAGGAAGACCAAGCAAUGGAAACGAAUGGUGACUAAGGCGACAUUCGUUGGACCCGGUUUCACAAGAAAGCCUCCAAAGUACGAGCGUUUCAUCCGCCCAUCAGGGUUGCGUUUCACCAAGGCCCAUGUUACCCAUCCCGAGCUAAAAUGCACCUUCAACCUUGAGAUCAUUGGGGUGAAGAAGAACCCCAACGGUCCAAUGUACACAUCCCUUGGAGUCAUGACCAAGGGAACAAUCAUCGAGGUGAAUGUGAGUGAAUUGGGACUUGUUACACCUGGCGGCAAAGUUGUUUGGGGGAAAUACGCCCAAGUGACGAAUAACCCUGAGAAUGAUGGUUGUAUAAAUGCUGUUCUUCUGGUGUAAGACAGGAUAUAAAAUAUUACGGAGUAGAUGUGGUUAGCCUGCACCAUUAAGGGAACUGCUGAUAUCUUCUCUUUCCCUAAAUUGAAGAUGUAAACUGGGUUUGUAUUGACAAUGCAAUUUUGCUGCCUCUUCGUUCUGAUUAUUCUUCAGCUUGCUUCUGUGGUUGCUUAAACGUUUAUUUUAUUUUAUAAAGUCUGGUUGCUUAAACGUUGAUCUAAAGAUGGUAUGACUAAAAAAUUGUAAACAAGUAACUCCAACCCAAAAAUGCAAAUUUGAAGAAAGUGAUGUUUUUCCA